CUCUUUUUUUCUCCCCUGCACCGAACAAGAACCCAUCCAAGCCGACAGCACCCAAUUGAGAGAAACGGUAAAAAGCUUGGGGAUUUCUCUUUCUUUUCUUGUUCUAGAACACAUAUAGAACCCAGAAAUCUCCCCCUGGAGAAAAUCCCGGAUCUGCCCUGCUCUUUCCUUCCUUCCGUCGGCUACUCUUGCUUGUGGGUGUGAUUUUUUCGGUUCUAGUAAGAGGAAACACCCAUUAAAUUCUCUGUUCUUCCUUGAAUUGGCUUAGGUUUACUCCAAUUUCCUUUGGUUUCUCCAAUUUCCGGUAGAUUCCCCCUGAAUUUCUCCUGCACUUCCCGCCGGUCUUCCCCAAUCUACAGCUCCGGUUUGUUUGCUAAAAAUUCCUGAUUCUUGAUUAUUCUGUCACCCUAGCACUUGGAGUGAAUUUUCUGUGUUACGUGAUUUGAGGUAAGUAAAUUAUGGUAACGUCUUCCGAUUUUAAAGCACAUUUUAGCUUGUUUUUGAAGUGGUGGCGGGAUUAAACCUAUUUUACACAAGUAUGAUCGAUUUGAAAUGAAAUUAUUAUUUUUUUUUAUUGAUUUGAGCAUGCUUUCUUGGAAUUUACUUAACUACCUUGAUGAUUUAGAAAUUAUUUGUAAAUUAUGAUUUUCUUGUUAACUUCUGCCUGUUUUGUCUCCGAUAUGGUCAUGUUAUUCGUGUGCCCGCUAGUGGGAGAUAUAUAAAUGCUAGCACAUGUCGACAUGUUAUUAAUAGAACCAGUUCGUUUCUGUUAUUUUGAAAUCAUGCUAGUGGGAUUAUACACUAGUAAAUCGUGUGCUUGUUAGUGGGAGGUUUAUAAUACUGGCCAUGACCUAUAGAGGAGACGUCUAUUUCAUUUCUAUACUGUAUCCGUUUUUUGUGAUUAUACUUGUUGGCAUGCUAUAAGUUUAAUUAAAGGCUAUCCAUAUUUACUUACUGAGUUAUCUCAUAGUUUUUCCUUGUUCACCAUUUCAGGAAGCAAAGUCAAGGAUGGGGAAAAACGAGGGGAGUAAUGAGUUAGAAGGCUAGCCAUCUUGUAAAUUGAACAUAGAUUUUAGAUAUAAAUCAUGAUCUUAUAAGCUAGACUUUAUUUGGAGAUCUUAUGAUAUUAGAGUAAAUUUUAUAAUUUUAUGUUCAAAUUUUGUGAUAUCAAAUUUUGGUAUGAUAAAGUUCCGAACCUUGUGCAUUUGUGAGACCCUCUCACAAGUGUAUGGCGUUUGUCACGUCCCCGGAUUUGGGUUCUGGGGUGUUACAAAAGUACAAUUUUGUCUAUACAUUAUGGGGGUGUUUGUUAGGAUAAUUCACACCAAUUCCUUCAUUUUUUGUUUGUUUAAUAACAAUAUCAAGACCACAACAUUGCAAAACCACAAAUGCAUUAGUUUAAGGUUAUUAGCUUUAGGGUUAGACUUUUUGGGAUUCAAGCACUCUGAUUCCUUUGAUUCAACAAAAGUAAAAAGAAGUGAGCACAGUUUGAGUGCCGGGCUAAGAAAUGUAUUUUGGUAAUAUUCAGACCAUUGCCCAUUGGAAUAGGUUAUUGGGAUUGACAAUAGUCUAAAUAAGGUUGACUAGAAUCUAGAAACUUUUCCUCUUAAACUUUUUCUUCUUUUCGUUUAAGCAUAACACCACUCUCUUGUGCCCUAAUGUCAUUUCUAUAAAAGUCGGCUUAAUGC